UGAAUUUUGAAAAGGUUCAUGACAUUUGGUGAAUUUUGUAAUUGUUCAGUAGCAUUUUAUGAAAUAACCGAUUAUUUUAUCAUUAAGUGUAUAGGGUUUAAGUAUUUAAAAAACGAGGGAGUAUUCUAUAUGAGCAUAGACCAAAACAAAAAAACAAAAAUAUAUAAAAAAAACUCGCCAUAUUUCCAAUUCGUAUACGACACUAUUCGUUGAUGAAUUUGGUCUAGCGGUGUGUUAACUAACCAUACUUUUUCUCCGAAAGCCUCUGCUCUGAACCCUAAUCUCACUUUCACCCCAAAAUGUCGCACGGCGGCUAUGGCAAACGCCGAGUUGCCGAACGGAAACCCAGCAGCAGUCAUCGUUCCAAGGCUGUUGGAGUUGUUGCCAAGAAACCUAAGGCUGCUUCUCUUAAAAAUCAAAUUCGUUCCAUUGAGCGUAUGCUCCGCAAGGAUCUUCCACCCGAAAUGAAGGCUGCUCAAGAGAAGAAGCUAGAAGGGCUGAAGAAGCAGCAGGACCUUCACACUCGGUUGGCUGUAGAGCGUAAAGUUUUCCUUCGAGAUAGGAAGAUCAAAUUCUUCGAGAGGAGAAAGAUAGAGAGAAGAUUGAGGCGUUUGGAGAAGAAUCUACGCUCAUCUUCUGGUCAAAUACAAGAGAAAGAGAUAGCUCAGUUGAAAGAAGAUCUGGAAUAUGUUCGGUUUUUUCCUAAGACAGAAAAAUACGUGUCUUUAUUUACCGGAGAUGACAAUUCAGACAUAGUAGAUAAGAGGAAUAGAUUGCGGAAGCAGAUUAAAGCAAACAUAAUUGCUGCUGCAGCCAGUGGAAAGGACUUGGAAGAGACAGGAAGUGAGGAUGAUGGGCUAGCAGAUCUCAGUGAUGAUGAUUUCUUUGUAUCAGGGACUUCAAGUGAUGAAGCAGAUGCAGAUGAUGAGUUAACAGAUUUAAGUGCGAGGGAACAAGCUUCUAGUGCUUCUGGACAUUCUGGUAAAGCUGCAUCUGGCUUAUCCAGUGAUGAGAGGAAUCAGAAACAAAAGUCGGCCCGAUGUUUAAUGCCACCUCCUCGUCCUCAGAAAUCUAUAACACGGAGAAAUAUCACACCCAAGAACACAUCAAACCAUCGGAACUUUAAUUCUUAUAACAGAGAAUCCUCUAAUUCACAAACAGGCCAGAGUAGCAACAUGAGUUCCAAUUCUGAUGCUCCCAAGCCGCGGAGAAAGCGUAGACCUAAGAAGAAAAAGCAGUAGGUUUCCGUUCUUGCUUUCAGUUUGGUUAUAAGCUGAAACAUUUAUUUACUGAACAAAAGAACCCAAAGAGCUCUUACUUGAAAGUAAAUGUUGAAACACUUAUGUGUUGAAGUAACUCAAGGGAGGUCUUACGUGAAACGAAUCUAGCCUGGUGUUACUUGCUGUGAUAACUAAGAACAUGGAAAAUGUUUAGUAUGAGAUGCUAAAAAGCAGUCAAAAAUACUUGAAUUUUAAUACUCCGUAGAAAAUUUAUUGGUUAUGUAGUUAUGAGCUUUUAGAUGCUAUAAGUAUUGCUUGCUAUUAAAAUCAUAUAUUGCUUAAUUGAUUGUUUUUCUGGCCAUUAGUAUUUAGUACUUGUGUUGAUAUUGGCCAUAAAAAUUGUGUAACCUCACACCAAGUUACUAGCAGAAGUUUGAUGAGUAGACAAUAUUACGUGUAAAA